UCGCACAAACCCUUUGAACUUUUACCUCGAAAAGUUUGUACCCGAACGAUUCCGAAUGCAAUUUUCCGUACGAUCGCUUCCGGUUGAUGCACAUGGAGCGCGCCACAACCGUGAGUAAACAGUCGCGGAAAAUAUCGUUUUGUCAUUAUUCAAGGAUGUCAGCUUGCGGAAAUAUUAGCUAACGGUAACCAUCUGACCAUGUCAACAGUAACCCCAAAGCGUAUAUACUGCAGGUCAAAUAUCUGUGUUUUAUGCGGAUUUUCGUUUGUUGAGAGGUCAGUGUCAGCGACUGGGGAAGAGAAAAUCCAAAAACACUUCACGCAGAAACUCAAACUCAAUUCUGAAAGGAUUGAGAAGAUUCAUCUAGUCAUUGGUGAUUUUGAAAGGGAACCGUCGUGUGAAGAUUCCAAUGGCGUGUGUGUUAAAUGCUUCAGACGGGUUGAGAACGUUUUUAAAAUGAAGAAGGAAAUUGAAAAUCAGAUUGAAUCGCUAAACAAGUCAAGAAAAACUGUAGAUAACACCCUCUUGACUUUGCCAUCGCCACGAAAACAAACAGUAACCAAAAGACUGCUAAGAUCCCCACAUUCAGGACAAGAAGCCAAGUUAUCCACAGCUACAAAAUUGUUUCCUACAACUGUGGUGCGAAAGUACCCCGUGCAGCUAUCUACUCUGCAGCCACUGCAAUCUUCCAACAGGAAAACAGUAUGUUCCCCAAAGCAAAUGUUGCCAGGCAUACCUCUGUUACCAGGAGUUGAGAAUUUACCAAGCAGUGAAGAUGUUCAUUUGCAUGCUGUUUGCAACAGUAUCAUACCCAGGUCUAGUUAUUGGUCACAAUCUUCUACCAGAGCGGUGCAAAAAAAAAGAUUGUUGAGGAAGAAGGGCAGAAGAAAGCCUGCAGGGCCAUAGUUAGAG